UUCUCUCUGUGAAUCGCCCCCCCCCCCCCCUCUAUAAAUUUUCUUGUUCAACCGUCGCGGUAUCACUCAGUCACUGAGUAGGCCGCCGAAUGUGACAUGGACUAUCAGCACAUACAAAAUAUCCUUACACAGCUAAAGUCAUUGGACAUAGCGUGUCUCUUCGUUUCUUUUCGCCAAUUAACUUUAGUCUUUUAAAUCAAGGGUGGUACGAUGCUUUUAAAAUUGAGUUCAAAGGGAAGCAAUUUCUGUGUGCAACAUAGAAGGAACUCAUUCAUCACAUCAACAUAAGCAGCAACACUGGCACCUUUAACAGAUACCUACGGAAAUCCAAUCAACAGUUUCAAACUCAGGAAAGAAGUAAAUUAUGUAGUCUUUUUCUCUGUAUUGAACGAAAAUCCUCUUGCUUCGCUAAGUUUCGUGGCAAGUGAAAGGCAAUUUGUUAAUUAAUUUGUGAAAGUCCUUCACAGUGUGCUAGAGACAAUGUAUAUCAAAAGGAUAUUUACCAAAUUUUUACCACUGACUUUGUUGGGGGUGAUGUUUGUGUUCUACAUGAGUCAACAGUCUGGCUCUGAAAAAACUUUCAAGCUUUUAGAUACUCUUAUUGAACUGCAGAGCUCGCAGAUCAUAAACACCGCAAAGCAGUUGGAAUUGAUGAAUGCCAGCCAUGCCGUGAACGACUCCACGACCGAGGGCGAAGAACUGCUCGUGACCACCAGACAAUGGUUUGACGAGCGCCCUCAAGUGUCGCCCUCUUUGAAACGAGACUCGGAGCAUCCUCGGUUUCGUGGUUACCUCAUAGAAAACCCCAACGCUUGCGAAGCUGUGCCAGUGGAUAUUCUCAUUUACAUCCACUCGUCGCCCGAGAACAGGGACAUAAGGUCAGCCAUCCGGGAGACCUGGGCCAGUACAAACACGUUCUCCGACAUCAGUGUCAAACUGAUCUUCUUCAUCGGAGGCGUCAACGAUAAAGAUUUGCAGCUGCAGAUCGAGACGGAAUACUCUACACACGGGGAUCUUGUUCAGGGCAACUUUCUGGACGUCUUCACCAACCUGACAUAUAAAGCCGUCACGAUGCUGACGUGGGUGAACUCCCACUGCUUUCAGGCAAAGUACGUCAUGAAAGUCGAUGACGACAUGUUUGUGGACACAUUCGCCGCUGUUCGGGAAAUUGUGCCUCAGCUGGCGCCGAAGCCCCUUGCUGUGGCGUGCGACUACAAGGUUCAUAUGCCGAUCCCUAGAGAUCCCAAAUCCAGGUGGAACGUGCCUCCCCACCUGGUUCCGAAAAGAACUCACUGGCCACCUUUCUGUUCCGGAUACUUCGCAGUUUUUACCAGCACGUUGAUUCCCAUUCUCUACGAAGCUUCCUUUACAGACAAGGACUUCGUCCCGGGAGAUGACGUCUACUUAUUCGGCUUGCUGUCGGAGCAAAAAAAUAUCUCUUAUGAAGUCGUGAACAUUCAACGCCGGAUUUUGCCAAUUGAAAAACCCAAGGCAGAAGAUGAGGUAUUUUCGAUCCAGAAAUUCCAGCAUUUGGCAUUUAGAGUUCCCAAUCCAGACAUCCAGAGAAAACUGUGGUCAGUGAGAUUUCAGGUACUUUCAAAUUGGGAGAAGGCUCACAGCUAUUUUCAUAAUACUUUUCUAAGAGCUAAAGCCAAGGGAACAUUACUGGUAUAAAAUUUAGUAAAACACCUGAUGAAAGACUAGCUCUAGGAGGGGGGGGGAGUCAACUUUUGAGAAUUACCUUUCACAUUUGAAUGUUAAAAAUUGUAAAAUCAUUUUUUUUGUUUGAAGUGUAGAUGGAACAUUUUUCAUUCAACCAAAAUAUGCAUUUGAUAAAUGAAUUUGUUUAAUUUUAUUACAUAAUUAACAUUUACAUUUUAAAACGUAACCAUUUAAUUUAUUCGAUAGGAUGAUAUAUAGCAAGAAACAUAGGGGGUGGGCAUUUUGUCUAUUCAAAAAUCUGUCAAUAGCCAGUCCGUUAUUGAUAUUAAUUCUAAUUUAAUAUUAUGUUAAAAGACAAAAUUUCUGUGCUAAAAAGCCCUGGGAACUUAGAUUGAGAGAGGGGGGGGGGGAAAUGUCAUGGAGAGAGAGAGAGAAAGAUGGGAUGGUCUGUAUCUCAAAAUCUAACUUAUCCAGUAACCACACCCCACGAUUCUCCCCUCUCCACUUGGGUAUUUACAGAGUCGACCAUAAUGUCUAUAAUUUGGUCCCAAACUCAUUGUAACGUAUCGUUUCCAGUGACGCUCGCGUUGACCCAACUCCCUUCAUUAAACAAAGCUCCAACCAUUUAUUACCUCCACAACGUACUGCCUCUGCCACACACACUCCCAUGGUCUGCCACACACACACGCAUGGUCAGUCACACACACGCCUGGACAGCCAUGAACUUGUACAUAAUCUCCAAAUAACCUUGUCAGUGUGUCUCCACACGUGUAGGAAUGAGUCUGUUGUUAGGUAGGUUAGUGUGUGGGUGUGGGGGUGUGUGUGUGUUUGCUUCAUCAUUUACGUUCGUUUUUAUUUUAUUUUUUAAAUUAUAAAACGAAAAGAAUGUUUUGGUUGGGAGGUAUGGAUGACCUAAAAGAUGAAAGCUGUUUUUUUUUUGUUAACUGUUAACGUCAUCUAAACAAGGGUGAAAAAAAAAGAGUUGAGAAUUUCAUAAAAGAAACGCGUAAAUGGUAAGGUCAAAUCACCAAAAAAUUGUUAAACUGAAAACAUCAUUUAGACUCUCUAGAUCUAUAUCGUUCAACCGUUGAAGUUGGGAAAAUUAUUGCAACGGUGAUUUGCUCCAUGCUGCUUGUGCCUGAGUACAUGAAAGGCUGUUUGGUUUGUGUUUAUGUUUGUGUUUGUGUUUGUGGUCUGUCGGUAGAAUGCUGUUAUUGUUGCUUUUAAAUUACAUGCAAUACGCCGACCCAUAAAGCCGCAGUUGUCUUGUAUUCUAGACCUACAUGCCGUAACAUAAGUUUUAAACUAUUUUGUUUUGUUUUAAUUGAUUAGCUUUUACUUCCUCGUUGAAAAUGGGGGGGUGGGGACAAAGUGGGAAGGGAUGGAGUUAACCCUUCAAUUGCUGAGCUGUUUUAUUGUGAAUGCAUACAAAAUGGAAUUACAUUUCUGUUUAGAGGCUAAACUACCACACGCGUCUUAGGGUUAAUAGACAUUUAAAGAGAAUAUGUAUGCCUACCAGUAGGUUGUUAUGGCACGACACGGCAAGGCGAACUUCUUUUAAACAAGGAUUCUCAUGUGUACAAUUAAGCAUAUUUUACUUUUUACAAAGCUUAUAUCAACUCAUUCUUCCCGUCUCUCUGGUAAAAGUGUGUACACGAUAUUUCUCCCACACCCACUCUCGGAUCAAGAUGCAAUUUUGCACUAUUAUUUCUUUUACCUGACAACACAAGAAUCAACACACAAAAAAAGAACCAAUUAGUUAAUUAAUUAUUUUGUUUGGUGUCUCAAACAAGGGAAAUCAUUUGUACUUGACUGAAGUGGUAUAAGCUGAAUUAGUCCCCUUUCUAGGUCAUCGUCUGAGUCUUAGUGAACACAACAUGAAAAAUAGGACGAAACUAUAGAUAACUUUACAAUCUUCCAUGUUCAUAGGCUCUCCACUAGCAGAGUGGUUACCGUGUUGACUUGAGAUGCCUGAGAAAGCUUGAGUCACGACUUCGAUUUUAGGUCGUUCCCCUUUUUAUUUUAUUUUAUAAAUGCUUUUUUCAUUGUUAGUCUAGGUACAUUACACAUUUAAUUACAUCACUGAUCCAAUUUAAUUUAUACAACUAUGAUUAAUAUAAGCUUUAUUUUUUUUUAUUAUAUUUUAAUAUUUUACUUGUUUACUGUUAGUUUUGAUGUGACUAGCAAAAUGUUUAUCCAUGAUGUAAAUAAAAAGUGACAAGUUAUAGCGUUUUAUUUAUUACAUUUCAACUCAAUAUUUCAUUCACUUGUAUGUAACUAUUGGCACUGAGGAUUGGGUCUGAAUAUUUUGGUUAGCUGUAGUGUUUCGGUGAUAAAGUUAUUUACAAAUGUUCAAUAUUAGAUUGUUGUAAAUUCUGUUGCAACUUCCUAGCCCAAUCUCAGUAACAUUGGUUAUCAAAUUAUUGUAUUUUUGUCUUACAACUAUCACCUAGACAGCAUGACCAGAUUUAGAGUCGAUAAGACCCUUAGCUUAUAAUUCCAUAAGAUAUUUUAUU